GAUAAGGAAAAAUUCAAGAUUCCACAAAAGGUCCCCUAAUUGUACUAACUGGUUGCCACAGACAGGAAUGUGACUCAUCAUGAGCAAAAAUUAUGCUGCCACUGGGAGUGGCAAUGGCUUUAUAUCCCAUUGCUCCAGAAGCCCUGUCAUCAAGCUCAACAGUCAACUUGACACCAUCAGUCCUGAGGAGAAGAGAGCUGAGCAAAAGAAAAAGAAAUGAAAACAUCUUCUUCUCCCCGCUAAGUCUCUCAGCUGCCUUUGGGAUGGUUGUCCUCGGAGCCAGGGGCAACACACUCAAACAGAUUGAGAAGGUAUUUCAUUUCAGUGAAGUUUUGAGCAGUACAAGCCAGGGAAACAGAUACCCUUCCGAGAAGUGCGAAGAAGCUGGAGGAGUCCAUUCCCAGUUCCAGACUCUGUUGACUGCAGUCAGUGAACCCAGACCAGGCUGCUCUCUCACCAUUGCCAACAGGCUUUUUGGAGAAAUUACUUAUCCGUUCUUCCAGCAAUACUUGGAUUCCACAAAGAAAUUCUAUCGAGCAGAACUGGAACCAGUUAAUUUUAAAUACACUGAAGAAGAAGCCAGAGAGAAGAUUAACUUCUGGGUGGAAAAUGAGACAAAAGGUAAAAUCAAAGACCUAUUUUCUGCUGGGUUUAUUGAUCCCUCUACUGUGCUUGUCCUGGUCAAUGCUAUAUAUUUUAAAGGAAAGUGGGCAGCAGAAUUUAAGAAAGAAGACACUAAGGAAACAUAUUUCCAACUGAACAAGAAUGAGAGAAGGACAGUGCAGAUGAUGUUUCAAGAAGGUUAUUUUAACAUGGCCAUCAUAGAGGAACUGAAAAUUAAAGUGAUAGAGCUCCCAUACUUUAAUAAUGAACUGAGCAUGUUCAUUCUUCUUCCUGAAGUUGUCUGUGAGGACUUUACUGGCCUAGAACAGCUUGAAUGCAUCCUCACAUAUGAAAAGCUAGCAGGAUGGACCAGCUCGGCUAGGAUGCAACAGCUGAGAGUGAAGGUGUACCUGCCUCAGUUCAAGAUGGAGGAAAGUUAUGUUCUCAACAAAACUCUCCAGGAGAUGGGAGUGAUGAAUGUUUUUGACUGGGGAAAAGCUGAUUUGUCAGGAAUCUCUACGAAAGAUGGUUUGGUUGUGUCCAAGGCCAUUCAGAAGUCAUUUGUGGAAGUCAAUGAAGAGGGCACAGAAGCAGUUGGUGCCAUGGGGCUUGUUGCAGUACCUCUGUGUCGCCCAAUUUCUUACGAGUUCAAAGCUGACCAUCCAUUCCUCUUCUUCAUCAGACACAACCCAACCAACACUAUUCUCUUCUUUGGAAGAUAUUCCUCCCCUUAAGUGGAGGUUAUUUUGGAAAUUAGAUCUUUGUCCCCACUAACAUCCCCAUUGGCAAACAGCGAGGACAAAAGACGAGCACAUUUUCCCUAGGCUUUAUCCUAAUGUGUUAAUUUGGUGUAAAAAAGACUAUCUAAUAAGAGCAAAACUAGAGAUAAAAACCUAAAAGACAUUAACCAUUUCCUUUCUAACAUUGACUUCAGGCAUGUUUUACUUUUAGGAGGCCUCACUAAAAUGACAUCUACCUUAAAAUACACUGUAUGAUAUUUGCCAAAGAGCUGUAGGCCUCUAGAGGCAUCUGCAUAGAAAAUCUUACUUUGAGCCUUUCCUAAUGUACUAUGUCUCCAAUGAACCCAUGAUUUUAGUGCCCUAAAGAUGAGUGAUACAUUCUCCCACAUCAAGGAGACAGGAGGAUAGGGAUCUGCAUUAAAAGGAUAAACUCAGGUACUCAGUCUCUUUUAACUUUACCUACCCAACCUCUGUACAAGUGCCACUUUGUAUGGGAGUAGCAAAGUAUUCCUGUGGGACUCCUCCUUUAAACAUUGAUUGGGGGUAAUGGUUCAAGCUGGAACACUCGGGAUUUGUUCUCAGAAAUCAGAGAAAGCAGAAGACUUUUCUGGUGUAAUUUUGCUUGUUCUCAAGCAGGGCAGACCCAUUGCGUAUUUUUUUCUGUGAGAAACCCUGUAUGUGCUAGAAAGUUCUCCAACUUCUCCUUAAACUUCCACAGAACAAAAAUAGGGUUUCAGAAUAAUGGAAGGCCUUUUCUGACAAGGCCUGCUCUGUGAUUACACGCUUAAUUCCCACAUAAAACUUUAAGCAGUGAUAAGCCAUUCUCACUUCUAAACACCAGCUCUCUUUGUGGCUCAGAUACCAUGAGUUUCUUGCUCCAUCUGUUUUAUUCCUCAUUAGCAUAAAAAACUAAUAAAUCAUCUAUAGUGAUGGUAUUUAGGUGGGUAGCCUGUAUUUAUUCCAUUUAUCAUAAUAAAACCACUACAAACUAAAUAUUAAAUGUAGUAGUCUGCAGAAUUAAGUGAACAGAGGAGUAGUCUAAUAUAGCAAGUAAAGACAAUGGUAAUCCUUUCAAAAAUGUAAGUGACAUUUUUGUCUACCUCCCGUUUUUAAAUAUUCAUCAUGUUAAAUUUAGGCACUGGGCAUUAGGCAAAGAGCUGGCCAUCUGUGCAGGGCCAGUUAUGUCCUUCAGGUGCAUGCUUCACAGAUGUCCACACAGGACAAACACAUUGAACCAGAGCAUACAAAGGAGUGUGAGUGCCCAGGAAAGCUCUUCAUGGAAGACCUAAAGGCAUAUUUAAGCAACUGCUGACCAGUAGCUGGAACGCUAAUGUGAAUAUGUGAAAAUGGGAGAAUAAGAGAAGACACGCUACAGCUCUUUCCACAGAAAACCUGUGCCCUCAGGCAGUAAUGGUUUGAUAGAAUAAAGUAAAAGCUACAGCAGCCCAGUUCACAGAAUAAGGAACAUUGAACAAGGUGAGAGGAAAGCUGCUUACUGUCUUUAGUUUUUCCCAUCCUCAUCACUGCUAUAACACUCUCAGACGAAAAGCUCAUUCUGAGUUGGGAACCGGAAAGCCACUCUAAUUAUCAGGCUCUACAUUUCAUGCAUGCAUUUCAGCAAAACAAAACACACUGUUAAGGGUAAAGUAGUUCCCUUUCCCUGUCACAGAGGGUGCACCUAC